CUUCUCAUCACCGCUUCUUCCUCCUCCUUCAAACAGUACCUUGUUAGUCUUUGUUAGCUUUAUCUCUAUAGUAAAUUUGAUUUCAUUGUUAUUGACGCGAUUCCCUCUCCAAGGGAUCAUUUACUCAAACGGAGCAAUCUUUAAAAACCGUGAUUGCAUAAUCCAAGAGUAAACGUCAUAAAAGAACACUGUAACCCGAAGACGUUGUAGGAGCCUCACGGCUUCUCCGUCCAAACGUUACUGGCUCUCAUAUUCCAUUGCUCUGCGGAGCGGCGUCGCUGCUUUUACCGUUUGAGCCGGCCAUGAGAUCUAUAUUUCAUUUUAUUUGCAUUAUAAUUAGUGUUUAUUAGAGCCAAUGAGGAGAUCAGAUUAUAAAAAGAACACCAUCUUUCGGGACUGAUUAUUUAUUGAUGUUACUUCUGCAAUUCUGAGGCUUUAGUAUUUGUUAUUACCGUUAGUGUUUUUUAGUUUUGUAAUAAGGCAGUGAUGAUUGAGAAUGUCAUGCACCACUCUGAUUCGUGCUGAUAACCAUCUCUACCCAUAUUAUUUCUGAGCCUUUUUUAAUUUAUUUGAUAUUUGUUAGAGAGAUAACCAAAUGAUGGUCAUUAUUUAAAUGAUGUAACCUUGAUGCGGUCUGUAUUGCUUGUGAUGUUAUCUUUUGGUUGCUGAUGGUUAUUAGUUGUUUUUAUGUUUUGAUUAAAUUUGCCUGAUGAAGAAGAAUUCCCAAAGAUAGGAAGUGCCGUAUGACAAUUAAACCUAGAUUCGGACUGAACCGGAGAAUGCAUCCGGUUUUGAUUUCUCCGUUCCCGUUCACUCUUCUUAACCGAAUCUGUUUUUUUUUCGGAACGGUUUUGAAGUUGUUCGGUGCGGGUUGUCUUAACCGUACUUUCUUUUAGCUUCUGUGUCCGUUUCUUUGUGGUUGAUUUUAAACGGGUUUCUGAGGGUUUUUAAUAUUUUCAUUAUUUGAUUUUGAUGAUUAAUUGUUCGAUGCCACGUCUGCGAUAGCUUUUUAGCAGUGAUCGUCGAUGCUACAUUGGACAUAAACAGAUGUUUGUGUUUCGCCUUUCUGAUAGGAACCUGUGGAUCCUGUGAUCUUUGGGGCCAAUAUGGCGAUUACAUUUUAAAUUAUGAAUGUCAUGAUUAUCAAUUUUUUGGGGAGUGAUUGAUGAUGAUUAUCGCUAAAAUAUGGAAUUACCGUCUGAGUUUUAUUACUUUGAUGUGAAAAACGCUGGCUUUACUGAGAUUACCUCCCUAUAUUCAUGUUGAUAUUUCUUUGUUUUGUAACUUGUUUACAUUAUGGACAGUGACGAUUGAUACUAAGGUCUCGUUCGUCGUAACAUAGGCUGUAAAAAGCCUAUUUGCCGACCAUUCUGUUAUAUCACCACCCAUAUGCUGAGUCCUACUUUUUUUUUGUAUUCAUUAUGUUUUCGAUUGGCCAAUGAUUAAAUUUGAUAAAGACAAGCAUAUGUCUAAAUAAUCUAUGUUGAUAAAUUUAUCUUCAUGAGGCCGACCUCUUUCAUCUUCGGAUGUUUUUUUUGUCAUCUGGCUUAUUUAAAGUGUUUUGUGAAUUGAGGUGUAAUGAUUUGUUUAUCAUAAUGUUGAAAAGACCGUUGACUCGUUAAGUCCCUAGUUUGAGGCUGUCGUGGUUGGGGUUGGAGAUAAGGUGUUCGUCGGGCUUCAAUGAGCAACGUAUAUUUGGUUGCUGUUUUUUUCUUCGGGUUCUCAAGUGGCUCAUCGUCGCUUGAUCUUUUGCUGAAUGCACAAAUUAUUAAUAGUGAGAAAUAAAAUGAAAAUCAUUAACUACUGGGUGGUUUUAAUUGACCAGUAUUUCCAAAAUAUAGUAGAAUUUGGAUUACAUGAUUUCAGCAUGUGUAUAUCCUAAGAACCAUUUAUUUAGCGGCGGCGUAGUACCUCAAUCGUUAUUUCAAAUUAGUAUUGGAUCUUCAAUUAACAUUGUGUGAUUAGUUUCUCCAAAAGGAAGUUAACGUGGAAUGUGUUAUUGAUUAUGGACAACAGUAUAAAAAGAAUGUGAAAGAAGAUAUUGAUGAUGUUGUAUUCUUCUCACGUGGCUCGAUGUAGGCAAGCAAAUGUAGAGUCGUGGUAGAGUAAAUAACUGUGCUCUGCAAAUUGGCGAAAUCCUAAUCCACGUUAAGCAGGUUUACGAAACGUUUCUCAAAAUUCUCGUGAUGAAUUUUACCAUGUGAGACCUGUCAUUACUUGUAUUCACUCUUAGUACAGUUCUAGAUUCCUUUGUUCUUUCUAACUGAAACUUAAGUUUCUAGAAUAAGACUUGUUAUUAUAACAAUAAUGUUCGUGUUAAAGUUCUUCUGUUAGACCUACUGAUCAGGCUUGCUGAAAUUAGCAAAUUCUUCAUACUCACACUAACUGAAGUGUUCUCUUAGGUUCCAGAGAUUCUGUUAGACCUAAACACUGCUUUACGCUGUUUCCUGGUUACAAUGCUCCGCGGAUGUCCCCACCCGAAAGUACUUCUAGCCUUCAGCCAUAUGACUAGAGACAGCAGCUAAAAGAGAAAUUUAAGGCGAUUAUAAAUGGAAAGAUUACCAAGUGCAAUUAGCUCAACUGGACAUUCUAGAAUUUGUGUUUAAUGUGUGUUAUGCAUAUGCAAGGAAAAUAAAUUAAUUUAUAUUUUGUUAUUAUUAUUUUGCGUCAGUUUUGUUUUGUGUUCUAAAAAUAGUAUGGUAGUAGUUGUUCAAACAAGAUGUAGAGAAUGAUUUGGCAUGUUGAAUUCACAGAAAACAGUUUACCAUUUUUGUGCCAACUGUUAAGUUAAUCUUUAAUAACUGAAGGUAGAACCUGAUGUCCUCACUCCUAUUAUAAUCCUUUUCGAACUCUCUCUUCUUUACCUCAUUUCUUCAAAGCAUCUAACGAUCGUUGAAAACGUUCUUGGAGCUUUUAUCUUACAGAGAUGGUUGAACGUGGAAUAGCCAAAACAGAAGAGAUACGUUUCACAGAGGUGUGGAGGACGACAUGGGAGACACCUUACAUCAUGCGGCUAGCUCUCUCUGCCGGUAUAGGAGGUCUCCUCUUCGGCUACGACACGGGUGUUAUCGCGGGAGCUCUUCUUUACAUCAGAGAGGAGUUUCAAGUAGUUGACGACAAGAGAUGGCUCCAGGAGAUGAUUGUGAGCAUGACCGUGGCUGGAGCCAUUGUUGGAGCAGCUGUAGGAGGAUGGUACAACGACAGGUUUGGUCGGAAGACGUCCAUUCUCAUUGCUGACGUUCUCUUCAUGGUUGGUGCUGUUGUGAUGGCCCUUGCUCCUGCACCGUGGGUCAUCAUCGUAGGUAGAGUCUUGGUGGGGUUUGGAGUUGGUAUGGCUUCCAUGACUUCACCUCUUUACAUCUCGGAGAUGUCUCCAGCGAGAAUCAGAGGCGCGUUGGUUAGUACCAAUGGACUUCUCAUUACUGGAGGACAGUUUCUGUCUUACCUCAUCAACCUCGCCUUCAUCCAUACACCAGGGACAUGGAGGUGGAUGUUGGGAGUCUCAGCGGUUCCAGCAAUCAUUCAGUUCUGCUUAAUGCUGACACUACCAGAGUCUCCACGCUGGCUUUACAGAAACGACAUGAAGGCUGAGUCAAGAGACGUCCUCGAGAGAAUCUACCCCGCAGAGGAAGUUGAAGCUGAGAUAGCUGCACUCAAAGAGUCAGUCAUGGCAGAGAAGGCUGAUGAAGACAUCAUCGGCCACACCUUCUACGCUAAACUCAAAGGCGCUCUCUCUAACCCCGUCGUCCGCCACGGCCUUGCAGCUGGUAUCACCGUCCAGGUGGCACAGCAGUUUGUGGGAAUCAACACGGUCAUGUACUAUAGUCCCACUAUUCUCCAGUUUGCAGGUUACGCUUCAAACAAGACAGCAAUGGCUCUGUCCCUUAUAACUUCUGGUCUUAACGCGUUGGGAUCGAUAGUGAGUAUGAUGUUGGUAGACCGUUACGGUCGGCGCAAGCUCAUGAUCAUUUCCAUGUUUGGUAUUAUAUCUUGUCUUGUCAUUUUAGCGGCCGUCUUCUCUGAAACCUCAAAGCAAGCUCCUAAGAUUGAUACGAGAGACUCCAUAAGUUUUGCGCCGAAUGGUACUUGUCAGGCAUUUGCUCCCUACAUAGCCUCAAAGGCUUCUCCAUCUAACUGGAACUGUAUGAACUGUCUUAGAUCACAUUGUGGAUUCUGCUCCAACAAAGCACAAGAGUAUGCACCUGGAGCAUGUGUUGUUCUGUCUGCUGACAUGAAGUCAUUGUGCCACUCGAAAGGAAGAACAUACUUCAAAGACGGAUGCCCCAGCAAGUUCGGUUACUUAGCCAUAAUCUUCCUCGGCCUCUACAUCAUCGCCUACGCUCCCGGUAUGGGGACAGUGCCAUGGAUUGUCAACUCUGAGAUAUACCCUCUUCGCUAUAGAGGGCUGGCAGGAGGAAUAGCUGCAGUAUCAAACUGGUCUUCGAAUCUCAUCGUGAGUGAGACAUUCCUGACACUGACUCACGAGGUUGGUUCGUCAGGAACGUUCCUUCUCUUUGCAGUGUCCUCAGCAACAGGGUUGGUGUUCAUAUGGAUGCUUGUGCCUGAGACCAAAGGUCUUCAGUUUGAAGAAGUGGAGAAGUUGCUAGAAGACGGGAUUAGGCCUAGCUUGUUCCGACGGAUGUCUAGAGUUAAAGAAGUAGAUACGUCUUAGCUGCUGCUGCUGCUACUUCUUCUGGCUGAAAAGCCAAACAACAAUACUUACGGUUACAGAUGUGCUUAGUUUGUAAAUUCAUUAUAUUUUUUUUAACUCAGCUCAUUACAGCUGAGAAACUCAACUAUGUAUACGUAAAGAUAGACCAGCAUACAGUUGGAAGAUACACUCAUAUAAAAAAAAAUAUCAUACUAUCAACAUCUCUUUCAGAAGAUUUAUCAUACUGGCACUUAUAAGAUCAACAUAUCUUCUACCUAGAGUAAUCAGAAACUAACAAAACAACAAGUGAGGUUGAAUAGAGAUGGUCUUAGGAGUGAUACAAAGUCUAAGGAAACUAGUUGUAAUGGUAUUGAUAUGGAAUAAAAAGAGAUGCUUAGGAGUGAUACACUCAGUCACACAUCCUCAAAUCAUUCAUACUUGGAUUGAAAAAGACACAAUUCGAUGUGUGGGGGUGUUUCUGAUCAUUCUGAGAAGAAAGAAGCUAAAAAUGUAAUUAAAGAUAAUAUUAAGGGCUCUUUAGUUAUUAAUAUUUAUUUAUAACACCCGCGAAUUCGUUUAUUUCUUUCUGUUGACCUGAAAAAUUGAGGAGAAGGAGAGAGAGUUGCAGAGAGAGAGAGAGAGGAGGAGGAGAGAUCAGAUGGGAAUAAUAAAGAGCUGCUUCUCCCUGUUGACGGGUGUUGCUUUCGGCGUGUACUUGGCUCAGAAUUACAACGUACCCAACAUCAGGAAGCUCACAAACACCAGUCUCGUCGUCGCCAAGCACAUCGAGGAGAACUAUCGCAAACCCAAGAAGGACGACGUUGAAUGAUUCGGUGAUCAUGUAGAGACAGGGAGGUGGUGGCUCCAAGCAUGGUUUUGAUUUCUCACUAGGAAGUUGAUUUAACUUCAAAAGGUUUGAUUGUAUUUUGACAUGUUCUGGAUCCAUUGAAGUUGUCAGUGGGACUCUAAUGGUCUCUUCAAUUCUUGUUUUAUUUAUACUGAUUUAAACACAGCUCUCACUGUACAUGUCAUGAUCAUAUAAUCUUUUUGUUUCUUUGGAUUUUUGUUUCUUUGGCAAGAUGUAAUAACCACAAACCCUUCUGAAUAUCUUGUUUGAUUAAAGGAUUAUUGAUUUUCUGAGA